AUGAAGGAUUUUCAUCCCAUUUCACUCUAUAAUGUUGUUGACAAGCUCAUUGCCAAAUUGUUAGCUAAUCAAUUGAAAUUGGUUUUUGAUAAAUGUGUUUCAGAGGAGCAGUCAGCUUUUGUGGAAGGUAAAUCUAUUCUUGAAAAUGCUAUGGUGGCUACAGAAAUUAUUCAUGCAUUAAAAAGAAAGACGAGUGGUAACAUAGCCAAGCUGGCCUUAAAAAUUGAUAUUAGUAAAGCUUACGAUAGAGUCGAUUGGGGUUUCUUAGAGAGUCAGACCCAUUAUUCUAGGAAGAGGACUAAGACAAGGCGAUCCUUUGUCACCAUACCUAUUCAUUCUUAUCUCCGAAGGGCAAAUCUAGUGGAGGUGUCAAAUCUUAUGAAGGUUCUUAAUACUUAUGCUGACGUGACAGGACAAGUGAUCAACCUAUCUAAAUCUGAAGUGUUUUUCAGCCGUAACCUAAGUGGGCCAGAUCAAGAGGAUUUAGCCAAAGUGAUGGGGGUGCGACAUGUUUUGGGUAUAUGGACUUACUUGGGUUUACCUUCCAUGACUGGUAGAAGUAAGAAGGCGGUGUUCUUGUUUAUUAAGGAUGAGAUAUGGAAAAGAAUUAAUUCUUGGAUUGGUCGAGCUUUAUCUAAAGCUGGGGAGGAGGUUAUGAUUAAAUCAGUUCUUCAGUCGAUUCUGGCCUACAUUAUGAGUGUCUAUUUGAUUCCAGAUGGGGUCGUGAAUGAUAUUGAAAAAAUACUUAAUUCGUUUUGGUGGGGGGAGUCGAAACAACAAAGUUAUUCGGUGGUUAGCUUGGGAGAGGAUGACUAUGAUGAAGAGUGA